UGCAGCACCAUUCUACCGUAACCAUAGCGAGCAAGCCGACGAACCAAGCGAAAGGCGCGCGCUGCGCAAUUUUGGCGGUACGCGCGAAAAGUAACGUUAGUGAAACGCUGUGCUUCGCGACUUUAUUUGCAUCAAUGGAUAGUGAGCCGGAUGUUGUAGAUAUAGCGAAUAAGUACGGCUAUGUAGAAAGUCACGAGGAAGAGUGCACAUCGGCGGAGCAAGUCGUAAAGAAACUUGAAGAGGCUUGGUUGAAUGAGACUUUUUCUCCUGAAUUAUUGUCUUACCAAAAUGAUAUCGUUGAAUGCGUCCUGGACCAGCUGCGAUACAUGCAAGAAAACCUGCAAAGAAUUGACAAGACCGACUUCAAAGCCACAAUGCACAAGAUGGAAGUUGAGAGGAUUCAGUACAUCCUUACAAGCUACCUCAGAACACGACUCGGGAAAAUAGAAAAGCACGGCGCAUACAUCCUUGGACAACAUGAAAGAGGCGAAGUUGAUUCGGAUGAGUUGUUAUCUUUAGACGAAAGAAGAUUUGCACGAGCGUAUGUCGCUAGCAUUGAGGAUUACCUACGGGAUGUGGCCUUGGUUCAUAUGCCCUUCAACCAGCAAGACUUCAACAUGGCAUCUGUAGAUGGAGGCCCUGACUUGGAUGAGUUUGUGUUUCUGAAGGUGAAAAGACAAACAAUGGGUGUUUUAGUAGAUGAAGGAACAUCACAAAGCAGAGAUGGUGAAGUCAUUGAUCUUGAUGAAGGAUCUCGACACAUAAUGCGUUACCGUGCCAUUGCCCCCCUUGUCAAGGAUGGAUCAGUAGUUUUAUUGUGACAAGGAUUCCUGAGGUUAUGACACUCAAAUAAAUUUAAAGAUGUUAUAAUGA